AUGGCGAACCAUGCUAUAAAUUGCUUGGAGACAAAUGCCCGUGGAAAAUUGAGCCGAUUUCAUGAACUGAAGAAAGAAUGGGGCUUUGCCCGAUUUCUUUCACGCAGUGAUUUCGAAGACACUACUCAAGGAUACCUUUUCAAUGCUAAAUCUGUGUUUGGAGUUGAGAUUUUGGUUAAUAAAUAUGCCAAAGGAGAGCGCACAGUUUUGCCACAGAAACUUAGUGAUACCACUUACACUUGGCGUGUAAGUAAUUAUUCUACUUUAUGCAGUAAAAUCUCUUCUGAUGUUUUCAUCAUAGGAGAUUGCAAAUGGAAGUUAAAACUUUAUCUAGAGGGUUAUGGUGACCGGGAAGGCAAAAGUGUUUCCCUCUAUCUGGAAUUCCAUGACCGGGAAGCUGCAGCUAGAAUAUAUGCCGAAUACAUGAUAUGCUUAAAAUCCGAAAAGAAUGGAAAGGACUGUAAAAGAACAGCCAAUCAUAUGUUAUCUGCUUCAAGCACAAACUGGGCUUGGCCUUUCUUUAUGUCUCUAAAUGAUAUUGAAGAUGCUUCCAAAGGCUUCCUUGUAGAAGACACUUUGAUUAUCCAAGUUGAAAUCACCCGAAUUGCUUUUGUUGAAAGCUUUUCCUAA